UUCACGGAGGGGGAAGAGAGCCCGGAGAGCUCCCCCUCGCAUUGAUGAAAGUGGCUCCUCUCGCUGAUCAGAAAUUGAUCCUCUUUGUUCAAUUCCACAUCGAUCGGACCACUGCGACCGGCUACCGGCGGGGGCGACGCCGCCGGGAUGCGAAAGAACUCGACGCCACCGCCACACAGCUCGCCAACAGACAGGAUGAGAGCGAACAGUCCCGGAAGAAGCUCAUCGACCUUAGCCGCGAGUUCAAAAAGAACACACCAGAGGACUUUAGGAAACAAGUCGCCCCUUUGCUCAAGAGCUUCCAAGGAGAGAUCGACGCCUUGAGUAAGAGGAGUAAAGAAGCAGAGGCCGCCUUCUUAAACGUGUACAAGAAAAUAAUCGAUGUCCCAGAUCCCGUACCUGUGCUGGAGCUGGCUCAGCAGCUGCAGCUGAAGCUCCAGAGGAUGCACGACAUUGAGACGGAGAACACCAAACUUCGGGAGACACUGGAGGACUACAACAAAGAGUUUGCAGAGGUCAAAAAUCAAGAGGUGACCAUCAAGGCCUUGAAGGAAAAAAUCCGCGAAUACGAGCAGUCGCUGAAGAACCAAGCAGAGAACCUGGCACAAGAAACGCAGCUCCAGUUGCACAACGACUAUGCAGAGAAGGAGAGGAAACUCCAGGAGAGCCAAGACUCCAUGUCGUCACGGUUGGAAGAGGCCGAGCACAAGGCCCAGUCCCUCCAGACAGCACUUGAAACAACUCAGGCCGAGCUCUUUGAUUUGAAGACCAAGUACGACGAGGAAUCCUCAGCAAAGGCUGACGAGAUCGAGAUGGUGAUGACAGACCUUGAAAGAGCCAAUCAGCGAGCUGAGGUGGCGCAAAGAGAGGCUGAGUCACUGCGGGAGCAGCUGUCCUUGAAUAACCAAUCCCAGCAGGCCGCCAGUCCGACCGGCAAGGCCGACCCCGACGCGGAGCAAACUGCGGAGGUGGCGUCCCACACAAGUCUGGAGGCGGAGCUCAGGGCCAAAGAAAGGGAGAGCGCACAGCUGGUGGAAGACGUCCAGAGACUGCAGGCCAGCCUGACCAAACUACGAGAGACCACCAGCAGCCAGAUCACACAGCUGGAGCAGCAGCUCAGCAGCAAGACGGCCGUUCUCAAGGAACUGGAAGAGAAACUCGAGAAGCAAGCAGAUUAUGAGGAGGUGAAGAAGGAGUUGGGUAUUCUGAAGUCAGUCGAGUUUGGAACAUCCGAUUCCGUGCAGGAUUCAUCCAAACCUCUGGAGGUGCUGUUGCUGGAGAGGAAUCGUAGUCUUCAAUCGGAGAGCGCCGCGCUGCGCAUAGCCAACGCCGAGCUCAGCGGGCCAGCCGGGCGGAAAGGGACAGAAGAGUCGACACCUAAGGAGGAAAGCGGCGAGCCCUCUUCUUCGCCCCCUCCUCCUUUCCCUUCCUCCUCGCAGCCUUCCCUGUCUCGCACUCUCACGGAUGCCCUCAACACGGCCACCUCAACCACCACCAGCAGCAGCAGCAGCAGCAGCGGGGAAGCCCACCCCUUCACUCCCACGGGCAUCGGCCAGGACUUCUACUCCCCGGUCUUCCCGCUGGUGGGUGGCAAGAUGGCUUUGAACUCGUUGAUCCAGCGGCAGCUGCUGCAGACCUUCUACUCCAAAGCCUUGCAAGAGUCGUCCGGGAUCCCCGGCGGGGCUCUUCUGUUCACCCCUUUCACUCCGACCCUCAGCUCCAUCCCUACCUCCACCCCGGGCUGCGCCUCGGCCGCCGUCCCCCUGGCGGCCAGCAGCCCCCAGCCGCCCCCGGCCAGCCCGGACAUGGCCCCCGUUAACGGGAGCAGCACGGCCGGCAGCGCCCCGUCGCCGUCCCCGAGCCACUCGGACGCCACCACGGGGAGCGUUUUGGACGGCGAGGACAUGGACACGGCCGAGAUCGCCCGGCAGGUGAAAGAGCAGCUGAUCAAGCACAACAUCGGCCAGCGCGUCUUCGGCCACUACGUGCUGGGCCUCUCCCAGGGCUCCGUCAGCGAGAUCCUGGCCCGGCCCAAACCCUGGAACAAACUCACCAUCCGCGGCAAGGAGCCCUUCCACAAGAUGAGGCAGUUCCUGGCCGACGAGCAGAACAUCCUGGCGCUUCGCAGCAUCCAGGGACGGCAGCGAGAGGGCUCAGGCCAGCCCCAGCUUAGCCGAGUGUUUCAGGAUGUUCCGAAGCGGAGAGCCCUCUCCAAUACAGCUUCACACACAGGGAACAUCACAGCUCGCGUCCGCUCUCAAGAUGCCGGUUCAGACGAGGCCAUCAAGUCCAUUCUGGAGCAGGCCAAAAGAGAGCUGCAGGUGCAGAAAGCCGAUUUGUCGCAUGCGCAGCCCUCCUACGUAGGCCUGAAAGGAGGGGGCGGAAGCGGGCUGGGGGGCGGCGGGUCAGACGAGGCCAUCCGCUCCAUCCUGGAGCAAGCUCGCCGGGAGAUGGAGGCCCAGCAGGCUGCGCUGGAACCCAUCCUCAAAGCCUCCUCGUCCUCAUCCUCCCUGAUGUCUCAGAGGGACCUCAUGAGCUCGCCGCUCACCGCUCCCCUCCCCCCUUACAAUCCCCUGGCUCUCUCCCUCAAGAAGCCUCCCAGCUCGCUCUUGUCCUCCCCCUCCUCCCCGUCGCCAGUGCUGGACUUCAGUUCCGGCAUCAAGAGGGAGAGCAGGCCCUCUUCGGGCAUCGACAUGUCAUCGGACGGCCCUCUCAAGCAAGGUCGGAGCUCCGGGACUGCGGCGGGUGGGGUGGGUUACUGGAGAGAGCAGUGGUGGAGCAGCAUGCACACGGACCCCCGCAGGACUUCAGCUGGAGAUGAGAACCACAACCAGGAAGACUCCAAAGAGGGAAUACUGAGCGACAGUCUGUCUCGAAACAAGCCGUGGAACAAGUUGAACCAGAGGAACCGGGAGACCUACGUGCGCAUGCAGCCGUGGCUCAAUGGAGACCAGGGGCAAAACGCACAUAUCCAGCAAGCUCACAACCAAGAAGGUACUCCCAAAACAUCAGCGAGCUGCAGCCCCGCUCCGGAGUCGCCGCUCAGCUCGGCCGAAGAAUCCGUCAACGGGCUCGCCGGCGAUCUGCUCACGUCGCAGUCGUCCGGGCUCAAGACCGCCUCCGACGAGCCCUCGUGCGGAGACUCCCAGCCUGGAACCCCGCUGCCUGUACCCGGCCACUCGGGUCUGAGCAUUCAGGAGAUGGUUGCAAUGUCUCCCGAGCUCGAUACGUACGCUAUUACCAAGAAGGUGAAGGAGGUGCUGACAGACAACAACCUCGGCCAGCGUCUGUUUGGGGAGACGAUCCUGGGUCUGACACAGGGUUCUGUCUCAGACCUGCUGGCCAGGCCCAAACCGUGGCACAAGCUCAGCCUGAAGGGCAGGGAGCCCUUUGUCCGGAUGCAGCUUUGGCUCCAGGACCCGCACAGUGUGGACAAACUCAUGGACAUGAAGCGACUGGAGAAGAAAGCCUACAUGAAGAGGAGGCUGAGCUCCUUGAGUGACGGCCAUUCUGUGGACGGUGGCCUAGUGGGGCCAGACUACGUGCAGGGCUCUCAGAGUCCGGGGCCACAGCAGCACCUGAAGAAGCCCAGAGUGGUGCUAGGACCCGAAGAGAAGGAGGCCCUGAAAAGGGCUUACCAACAAAAACCGUAUCCCUCACCCAAGACCAUUGAGGAGCUGGCCUCGCAACUCAACCUGAAGACCAGCACCGUUAUCAACUGGUUUCAUAAUUACAGGUCACGUAUCCGGCGAGAGCUCUUCAUUGAGGAAAUCCAGGCGGCCGGAGGGGUCGGGCCCGGCAGCGAGGGGGGCUCCCCUUCCCUCCGCGGGUCGAAAUCAGGCGAAGGGGACAGCUGCGACGGGACCGAGUCGGAGGGCACGGUGGAGGCGCGCCAGGGAUUCGGCGCGGGCCUGGAGGAGCACAGGGGAGCGUGCAAAGACCACGACAUGGAGGCCGAGUCUGAGGCGGGGGGCUCGAAUAAUUCUCCUUCCCAGCUAGACUGCGUCCCGCCGGGCUCUAGUUGCGGCUCGGGCGGACUUGGGCUCUUCAGCCUAACGGAGGCCUCCCCCGGAAGCUCCGCCUCGAGUACUAAUCUCCCGGCCUCCGGCCCGGCCAGAAACCCCAGGGACAAUAAUUUGCGCAAGAAGAAAGCGGCCAACCUCAAUAACAUCAUCCAUCGGCUGGAAAAGGCCGCCAGCAAAGAGGAUCCCUCCGAGUGGGAGUUCUAGCCCCGCCCCCUCCUCCAGCCUGAGCGCCCUUCCUUCGCCCCUCUUGUCUCAUAACCUCACCACCUCUAACCUUGGACCCCUCCUGCUCUGUUCCAGUUGGAGAGUGGACACAGCCAAAGUCAAGCUCAGCAGCCAUUUUUACUACAAAGCUUUUCCCAAAAGAGGAAAGCGAGGUUGGCAAAACCCUUAAAAACAAACAAAGGAUUUACUGAAUACCUAGAAGAACAAAAUAAGAGAGCUUAAGUGUCUCUUCUUAUCUUUUUUUUUUUUUUUAAACUGAGUUUUGUUUUUGUACUGAGAAAAGCACUUAGCCGUCCUGCUGGCCUCUGGCCCUGCUGUACCUCCUCCCCCCUUAUCACCAGCCACUGGUGCACCAGACCGACCGGUCAGUCCCGAGCCGGGGUCGGUCCCGAGCCGCGGCCGGGCUGCGAAACCCGGACUGGGUCAAGACAGGCGAGGCCUGUCGCAGCAGCUGUCCCAGUGACACACACACACACUGCUCGAUGAUAGAUAAGAGACAGGAACGCUCUGGCAAGAACUUUCACUUUUCUUAAAGGAGAUCUUUUUUCCGCUCUUCUUCUCACCUCCCAAGUGUCCACAAACCUCCCCUCACUCAGUGAGACGCCUCAUUUUUUUCACACUGUAGAGUGACUGUUACAAAAAAAGAAAAGAAACCCUUUGCCUUUUUUCACUCACUUGCAUGUGUGUGUGUGCGCGUGUGUGUGUUUUUUUGUAUGUUUAGGGGUUGCGUCAGCGCGCGCGUGUGCGCCGCCGCUUCUGAACGGCGGCGCCUUUUGCUUUUGUAUCUCCUACACUCUUAAGAGGGUAACGCGCCUGAGCUGCCAUGGUUACUGAUGUACGAACUUUGACCUGUUGUGUACCCCGUACUCCUAUCUCUAUCCUGCUGACAGCCAUGUGAUGGCCAGGAGGAUGACGUAAUAAUUCCUCGCAAACACACACUCGUCUGGAAAGGAGAGAAGGAACCCCUUAGGUCCUUCGCCAAGGAUGAAGGACCGUCUCGUUCUCUCGCUUUUUUUUUUUUUUUUUUUUUAAUAUUAAAUCCAUAUUGCAAUUUGGUUGCCAAUAAGAGAUUGCACAGUCUUCUGACUCUAAAGAUAACAAAAUAGGGAAUUUUAGGAAGCAUUAGUACAAAAUAAGCAGACAAUAAGAGGAUAACAUGUUACUGUCGUUUUUUUUUUUGUUCUUUAAAAAAAAAAAGCAAAUUAGGACGGUAUCAUAUUGCAUUGUUAAACACACGAUACGAUGACUUCACGUAGUACUGUAGCUGAUAUUUUCCGUGUCUCCCGGUUGUUGUUUCCCCCUUUUUUUUUUUUUUUUUAGGUUGCGCACAUCACAGUUUGACCCAGCACUGGAUCUGCUCGGGUGUACAGUACGUGUGUGUGUGUGGGCGCUCAGCUAAUUUCCUGUUCACAAACACAUCUUUUUAUAGGCCAAAUCAGGAAGUGUGUGUGUGUGUCAUGUGUGUAUUUGUAUAUUUGCCUGCAUGUCAGUCAGGGUCGAGUUCAAUUUCCAAACCUUGGGUUAGCAAUCAUAAAUCGGAUUUUUUUUUGGGGCAAUGUACAGUACUUUUGAGUUCACUCCAACUCUGGUGUGAGCAGUUCCACUCUCCUCCAGUCUUUCCUGAUUUCCAGGAAUUGUUGUUGUCGUCGUCACGUUCAAUUCUACUGUAUACACUACCAAUUUGAAGGCAUAUCACCUCCUCCUCGUCCUCCUCGUCCCACACAAGCCCUCAGUGCCUGUCAGCCCACUGCCUCCCCUUUGUGCGUGUGUGUGCGUGUGUGUGUCUUUGUGUGUUUGCAACGAGUGCGGGGAGGGGGUUCAUAUUUCGUAUCUACUCGCACACACUACUAGUGCACAACUGACACCCUUCUUUUGAAGCUGUUUGACGCGUUACCAUGACAUUAAUCUCACCAUGUGGUUUAAGACGACGAUUUACUGUAGCUCGGUUUGAUUGCUCUCUUAUUUUCAUUUCUAGUUUUUAUUCUGCUUAUUUAUAGGUGCUGUAAUUUUUCAUUUAAUGUCUUAUCACUUGAGUUGUUUAUUAUGUAAGGGAUUAUACUUUUCCUGAGGGCAAGUAAUAUUUUUACUAGACGUGAUAGACUGCCGGCAGUAUUGGUUUAAUAUUGACAGACGUACUAGUUCUCAUUUGUUUGUGUAUUCAUGAAUCCGAAACGUUUAGUGUCAUUUCAAAAUCUUUUUUUUUUUUGACAAAAAAUGGGGUUGUCACACCCCACCCCCCUUCCUAUCUUUUUUUUUUAACAGUUAUGCUCUUAAAUGGCUAGCUCGAGAAUCCGACAAAAAACAUAUCAAGAUGAUUGGAUUGCAUAUCUCUUUGUUUUGACUCGACUUGCCAUCGUUACGGACGUCUAUCUCGGACAAACUUGUCUUCAGCUAGAAGUCAUUCAUCGCCAUUCACUCCAUCAGGUCCAAGUGUAUGCUCGUUGUCAUAUAGGUCAAACGAAAUCAUCCGAACAUGAGAAUACAUGUUGAAAAGAGGUCAUAUCUGCCAAAUUGAGAUUAGACGAGUUGUACCAGCUAGCGCGGGAAGAGCCAGCCUACGAUUAUGCAGAAUUGUUAUCUAUAGCAGUCCGUACAGAAAAGCACUUAUUAGGACAGGGUCUGUCAAACACUACACCGGAGUUACCAUCGCGCGGGGGGUGGCUCCUGGGAAACGGAUGCCUUUCAUUUGCCGAAAUGGUUGAGAACCAAGCACACACUCCAACACUAAAAUAGAAACAGAUGUCGGUCGGCUGAUGAAUUUACACACAAGUGCGUGCGACACAACGGGAACACGGCCGGUGUAGUUAUAAUUAGGAAGUACCUGAUUUGGUUUGGAGAUGGAAUACUCUCCCUUAAGCUUCCUGUUCCCUUAAUGAACACAAUUGUUGGUACCCUUCUGUUAAAAGAAAAGGUCAUUUAAAAAAAAAAAAAAUCAAGUUUGGCAAAAUUCGUAUUGGUGCUGCCCGAGUGACAGAAAGGUCCAUUUUAGCCACCAGUAUUAUUUCAGUUACCAUCGCGGGAGUUUUUGUUAGUUUUCCCCGAAUAGAAGGGUACCAACUAUUUUAUUCACGGAUUCUAUAUGGACAAAGUAUUAGGCGGGGAAAACGGACCAAAACAUGGAGUCAAGCUAUUUUAACACUGUCAGAACCAAUUCAUGGGCCUCAAAUAGACAAUUUGUUCAAAAUGCUAAUCAUUGCUAACCCUGCAACCAAAUAUAGGUUAUAUUCGGAUUAAAAUGUUUGAUUUGAACAUUACAAAAAAAAAAUCCCGAGAUGUCUGUAAAGAAACAGAUGACAUGAAAUGUAAAUUUAAAUGGAACUGAAAACUACAGUAUUGUUUAAAAAAAAAAAAAGAAAUUCACUGUAACAUGUAAUUCAGUGAUUCUUUAGCUUCCCACUAGAGGGAGCCCUCAAGCAGGGCCUGCGUAGCACGAUUAAAACACAAAACACUGAGAAAGAGUGUUUGGAAAAUACUGUAUGAUUGAUUUCUCGAUGAAUCAUGUCUCACUACUUCUGUCCAUAUAGACGAUCCUGAUCCAAUGUGCUGCAUUUCUAUCAAGAUAUAAUCUCCCUCCCGUGGACGCCAGGUGUCAAACAUCCGUGUCCCUUCAGAGCGAGCGCCUUUCGGGCCCGCAACCACACAGAGCACGUCUUGUAUCUCCACUGCAACCUUAAUACGAAGCACUUAACCCAUUUUAGCCAUCCUCCCGCCCCGCCCCGCCCCUUCCGAAAACCACAUCAGAUCAUCAGAUUUGUGCCUUUAACUGCCAAGCAGGGCACCAAAACGUUGUGAUGUCGUCAGACGUGUGUGUGUGUGUGUGUGGACCGUGUCGUCUCUGAUCCGCUUUGAUAUUUUUUUCCUCCUUGACCUGUACUUCUCUUCUGGAGAGGGUUGCGGGAAUACGGAAUUAAUGAGCUUGCGUUGUUCUUAACGACUGACCCAUUUGGGCUUUUAUCAGACACUUACUCCGCCCCCGUUGUACAUACCUAACAAACAGAAUGAAGGAGGAAGUAGGCCGAAAAACAGCAGACACUGUAAUAACACUGAAUUUACUCAUAGGGCAUUUUUUUUUUUUUUUUUAUAAACUUGGGUUUGUCUUCUCCUUCCGUUCCGUGUCAGGUUCGCCGUGACGUCACUGCAGGUAUUGAGAUGACGUGUGCCAACUAUUCGGAGAGGGAGGAUAAGAAAUUGUAAAUACGAGUCGGGGUCAAGUAGCUACGGAGUCACUUAGUGUCACAGUGUGCUUUUUUUUUUUUUUUUUUUCGUUUGGAAGGCAGGACGAGAGAAGGGACGAUUCAGGACUUUUUUUCCAUGAUCCACAGAUAUUUUUCUACAAAUUUAAAGAUCCAGAUGAUUCUAUACACUGUUGAAUAACAUUGUAAAGGUGUAACAGAUGCUGUAUAUCAUAUCAUGUUUUCUGACGUCGUAAAGCUUUACUGUAUGAUCUGUUUUGAAGUAGUGCUUUUUUUUUUUUUUUAUUAAUAUUAUUGUGAUGGAAGCCUGGACAGCAGCACUGGUCACCCUAUUCAGGAAAAACUUCAAAAAAGAAAGAAAGAAGAGACAGAGAGAGAAACCUCAAGAUGUUUUUUGUAAUAAUAUUAAUACUUUUAGAAUAUAUCUUAUGAAGUGGGUUUUUUGUAAGGAAUCACUUUUGUUUUCCCCCCGACGCAGCGGUGCUGUACGCAUAGCACGCACGCACUCUGUCGUCGCGACACACCUAAAUACAGCACAAUACACUCAUCUUCUUCACUUUGCUCGUGUGUUUCCUUUUUGUUUUCGUCUUUUUUUUUUCCCCCCCUCUCACUCUGUUUCCAAGCUCAACAUUUCAAUGUAAAAAAAAAAAAACACACAAAAAAAAACACAAGAGGAAGCAAAAAGCCAAAUAGUGAUGUAGUGGUCCACCUUUGUUUCCCAUCUCCCCUCCUCUAGCUUCCUCCACAGUGUAGACUGACAACCAAAUGACCCGGGGAGAGAUGUUCAGCCCUCCCCUCCAACUUUGGAAAGCUUUAAAAUGCUUGUUGAGGCUUUAUGUUACGUUUUUGUUUUUUUAAACACCCUCUCAUCAACAACGUGGAAGUAAUAACGCUUUCCCCACCGCUUGGAGUGUGUGCGCUGUGCAUGACUGUAAAAGGGACGGUUCACGCCUCCUUUCCCUCCUCUUUCUCUCUUCCCAUCUCUCAGCACCUCCGUCACUCCUGAGAUGCUCUUCUUCUCCAUUUUGUUUUUUGGGUUUCCUCAUGUAUCAUUGUUUUCUUUAUAUCUUUCUAUUUACUAAACGUAUCAUGUUGUUUGUUCUCGGCACUGUAAGACAGUCUCCCCCUUCUACAACAUUGAAAAGCAAUAUCACUGUAUGAAACGUUCACAAUGUAUUUGUUAUGAUUGACAUUUGAUUCAUUCAUCAUCAUUAUUAUUAUUCACAUGCACCCUAGGUGUGAUAAUUGAAGUAAAUCUCUUUUAUACAAAUACUAAAA